GCGCUGGCGUUUUGGAGGGAGUUUGCAUGUGGUCAGUGCUGUGCCGCUAAGCCAGCCCCCAGCUCACAUUACACACUACUGUAUUUAUAACCUCUCGGAGCCGUUUCCCCCUUCAAGCAGUUCUCUGGGACCACCUUCUAUUGGCUUCAAGCUCUCCUACUUCUUGACAUCUGGGCAGCUCUGAGAAAGGCUCAUCUAGGUCCGAGUGUUUAUGCAGCGGAGACUGGCCGCUAGGGCUAAAGACCUGGAUUAUCUGAGUUCAGUUACUUGCUGCAAAGUCUGUCGUUGCCGUUUUGGAAAAAAAAAAACCCAGCCCCGAUCUGUUUACAGUGAAAGUUGACAAAGGGUGGUGAAGUUGGAUCCUUCCUAAACUCUCCUGCCUGGAACCUGAGACUUGCAUGCCAUGGAUCACACACUCUUUGGCUGCCUGCGCAGCCCCCAUGCCACCGCGCAGAGCUUGCACCCUUUCUCCCAGUCUUCUCUUGCCCUGCAUGGAAGAUCCGACCACAUGUCCUACCCCGAUCUGUCUUCUUCUUCUUCCUCUUGCAUAAUAACGGGAUACCCCAAUGAGGAGGGCAUGUUUGCCAGCCAGCAUCAUAGGGGGCACCACCAUCAUCAUCAUCACCACCACCACCACCACCAGCAACAGCAGCACCAGGCUUUGCAGACGAACUGGCACAUCCCUCAGAUGUCGUCUCCUCCCGCGGCGGCCAGGCACAGCCUCUGCCUCCAGCCGGACUCAGGAGGACCCCCAGAGCUGGGCAGCAGCCCCCCCGUGCUGUGUUCGAACUCCUCCAGCCUGGGCACUACCACCCCUACGGGGGCAGCGUGUGCGCCGGGGGACUAUGGCAGGCAGGCUCUGUCCCCAGUGGAAACGGAGAAGAGAUCCGGCAAGAGGAAAAGCGACAGCUCAGAUUCCCAAGAAGGAAACUACAAGUCAGAGGUCAACAGUAAACCCAGGAAGGAAAGGACAGCUUUCACCAAGGAGCAAAUCAGAGAGCUGGAAGCAGAAUUUGCUCAUCAUAACUAUUUGACCAGGCUGAGGCGAUACGAGAUAGCAGUAAACCUUGACCUCACUGAAAGACAGGUAAAAGUUUGGUUCCAGAACAGACGGAUGAAGUGGAAGCGGGUAAAAGGAGGCCAGCAAGGGGCAGCAGCCCGGGAAAAGGAACUGGUGAAUGUGAAAAAAGGCACACUGCUCCCCUCCGAGCUCUCUGGCAUUGGGGCAGCUGGUCUCCAGCACACAGGGGACUCACUAGCUAAUGAUGACAGCCACGACAGCGAUCACAGCUCUGAGCAUGCACACUUAUGAUACACAGAGAGUGUCCCAGCUCCGUUCUCAGGAAAGAUGCUUUGCUGGCAAGCCUUACACAGGCAUCGUUUACGUAUGCAAGUGACUCUGGCAAUGAUUUUUAAAGUUGUUAUGGAAGAUUCAGGCUUAUUGUGUCUGUUUUUCUUGAUUUUUAGAUGGUUUACAGUAAGUGCCAUGUCUUAAAGGUUCCUCAAGAGUGGAGAAGUGGAAGAUGAACUUUGAACAUUCCAGAUUUGUUUGUCAUGUUUAUGACAGCGGGCAGGUAUUUUUGCUUUAGCUUGCACUGAAAAUUACAUUGCUCUCAACAGACGUUAUAUUCUGAAAACCACAGUGCCACAAAAUCACUAUCUAGUGGAUAAGAAAUGUAUUUUAACUCUGUAUAUAUUUACCUUACAGCAUUUUCCUGUCUUCACUAAUUUUAGCAAUGCAUUCAUAUUAGCUGAUGGCAAUAGUCACUCAUGACAGUAAAUGGCUUUUUGUCUCUUUACUUUUGUUUUGUUUCGCCAAAGACAUACAAUACAUGCAGAUACUUUUGUUCAAGUAGAGAAAGUAUCUGCUAGGACAAGUCCUUGUAUGACAGACAAAACAAACGUUAUGUUGCAUUUACUAUCAACUGCUGCUAAUAGGGUAUUAUUAAACUUACCUAGCUCCUCAAUUCUUCUUAUCUUAUAACUGCAAAAAAUGAUUUUUAGGAUCAUAAGGAUAGUCCAGUAACCUGCCAGAAAGUUUUCAUGCUCAGUGGAAACCCCAGAAAGGAUUAUUCAUUUCUACUUUGUCAUCACUGAGUACAUUGAUUAAUACUGACUCUGCGGAAAUGUUGCUUCAUCUUCAGUUUAAAAAACAGCAGUAAGCUGAAAGUUAUUAUCAACUGCUUAUGUUGGUAGGAAUCAAAAUAUGAAGGUAACUCAGUAUUGUGUCCCGUGUGUAAAAUCAAGACACAUUUUCUGUUAUAAGCUUUUGUGUACGUACAGGCAAACACCAAAACUCAAAAUUUAAUGCAAACCAUUGAUUGUACUUUGUAAAGAAAAAUGUUUAAUAAAUAAUCCUUUUUAAAUAUUUCUGGUCUCUCUACAGUGAUUUCACAGGAAACUUAAAAGAGUUGUUUUGUAAAAGUCCUAAGGAACUGACUUUUUUGGUUUUUUUAGAACUUCAUCUGUGAACAACACAAAGCUACAUUUUCAAAUUUAGGCUUUUAAUCUUGGAUAAACUUUCUACCUUGAUCCAUUUGGGAAACUCUUUCCUUCAGCAGGAAAAAGGCAUCUAGCAGCUAAUGAUGUCUUCGGCCAAAAACAACAAGAGUCUGUUCAACCAUUUUUCCAGAUCUAGAGUGAAUAUAAAGGGUUAUUUUGUUGGACAUUGUUUGAAUGGAUUAAAAUGAAUAAACAUCAGGAAGGGGAUGCACACUUACGUCAGAAUGCCUUUAUUUGAUAGUGUUGUUCAAGAGAAAGAUAUAAAAAUACCUCCAAAAAUGUAAGAGAUGAAUUCAAGUGUGUUCUGAAAUAGAAGAUGCAGAGUGAAAGAAGGAGCAAGUGGGAAAUGUGCAUGUCUUUGAGAGUAUUCACUGAAGCUCUGCUAUGUGGAGUGAUAGGGCAUCAUAUAAGUUAAAUGCAAUCAAGAGAUCUGAGUCUGUUUUCUAAAUCCUUUCCACUGUAGAUUUGAUCUUUCUUGCAGGUUAAUUUUGUUUCUCAUUUCUUUUUCAAAUGCCUUCUUCUAAGUGUGUGAGGAGGAUAGAGAAGUAAUCCAACAGCUUGCAAAUAUUUGAUAUUUUUUAUUUGAUGACUAGAUGGGAAAGUUUUUGACUGGUGAUGGUGAUUAUCAAAAUAGGAAAAAAAAAAGGCGACCCAGACUAAAACUUCUUAGGCUAGUUUUGCUCCCUGCUAAAGGAAAUAUACCUAAAUUUUAAAAUUAAAAAAAACCUUAGAUUAAAAAGUUAAACCACCUUGAAUUUUCAGAUACUACCUUCUUGUAAAAACAAAGACUUUUAGUCAAAUUUUAUGUGACCCAUUUUACUACCUAAGAAGUAAGAUAAUAUUAUUGUCUUUCAAAUACUAUCAUUGCCAAAAUGCCUUUUUGGGCAUACAGAAUUGAUUGCUGCCUUUUAUACACUUUAAGACUGAACUUGAAAAGGGUUCUGCCAAGUUUGAGAUGACACUUCACAGUACAAAUGGAAAAAUAGCUCAUUUACAUUACUUGAAAUGUACCAGCGAUGUCUUCCUAGCCCAAGACAUUUGGAGGGAUGUAUUAUUGUGUGAUUUGAUUGCAAUACUUGCCAAUAUGUGCAAUAGUGGAAAACAUGAGCUGUAAUAAUCUCACUACAAGGUAGAAUACUUUCCAUUUGAGAAUUGUCUUUUCCAUUUUCCUUGUUUACCUGAAUCUCUACAGAUAUGAGGGACAAGGAUAGAAACAUGAAGAUGAAUGUAAAUUGCUUGGAUAAUUUUUAUAUAAUUUUAUUUAAGUAAAUCUUUAAAUAAAGCACCAAAUUAUGAAACUUUACACUAGAGUGUGAGUGUGGGAAGAUUAGCAAAAUUGAUUGUCUUCCAAAUUUUAAAAGGAGAUAAGACUUUGAAUGUGGUCAAAAAACACUGACUGAAUGUAGCAACAUCUGUUGGCUUUAAACAACUGUUUUGUGUGUACACCACUGCAAAGUGAAAUAUGGUGCAGGGAUCCCACAUUGGCAGAAGUUGAAGCUACAAAUUCUAAGCACAGUGAGCUUCCUACCAUGAUCUUGAAUGAAUUUACUUACAAGCACAGCCCCAUGGAAAUCCAGAUGCAUCUUCCAGAUUUCAGCUAGCUCAUUCUCAAGCUGUGUACAGCAGCAGUGAACCCUCUGCUCUUUAACACUACUUUUUG